AUGUUGCUUUUUGAGACGUACCAAAAUCGGAGCCCCGUAACGCUCCUGAAUCGGAAGCCUAAAGCAGCGCACAAUGCUCAGUGGUUUUGUGCACGUUCUUGUUUGCCACUUUCGUUGUGCUUAGAUGAGGAUGAUUCAGGACGUUCAUCACUUGUGACUUCACCGGAGGUUUUUGAUGGAGAGGUCAACUCAAUACGCUUUGAAUCAACCAGUUCAACACAUGAAUCUAAGAGGAUGGCAUUGGGACGAGGACAUGUUUUGGUAUGGAGACCUGAUGAAGUGAUAGACGAUUCAACUCUUGAGCUUUUGAACGCGGACCUUGGAUUUCUUGGUAUGCAAGAGGAAGUCGAAAACCUAGAACAUUGUAAAACGGGUGUUUUGCUUCACGAAGCUGAAGUAGAAGCAAUCAAACGAACAGACAACAGCAGUCGCAUCGUAGCCUCGCGAUGGGUUUGUGCGCGAAAGAGUGACACACGUGUAAGGUGUAGGAUGGUUGGUAAAGAUUUCAACCAUGGCGGCUCAGCUAGGCAAUUGGGACACUCGAGCCCAACACCUUCGAACGAGAGUAUGCAUUUGCUGUUGUGUUUGGCAGGGUUGAAAGACUUCAGAUUGUGGACGCUGGACAUUGCGCACGCGUUCAUGCACAGUCCACUACCGGAAAACCAGUUGGUCAUCUUGAAGUUGCCUUUGAGCAUCAGUCACCUUGAUGGUUCCGUCGCUUAUUUAAGGCUACAGAGAGCCCUAAAUGGAUUGCGAGACGCAUCCUUGCACUGGCUACGACUCUUAGGCAACACGAUCACUUCAGUCGUGGAUGAGAAUGGCCAACAUCUGGGAGAGGAUUUCAUGAGACAUCGACUGACAUUGGGGUUGGCACCGCUUGAAGGAUCUCCUUUACUCAAUUUUCACGUUUGUCUCGUCUUCGGCUGGAUUCUGUAA